CCCCGGCCCAGCGGCGCGGCCCCGCCAUGGAGAAGGCGGCGGGCGCGGAGCUCCGGCAGGGCGCGCUGGUGCCGCUCACCGCCAUCUGCCUGGUGAAUCUCUUCCUAACUGGGAAAAUAGAAAGUGCUGUUACCUCAUUAGCUGCUUGCAGUGGAAAAUUGGAACAGCACACAGAGAGACGUGGAGUCAUCUAUAGUCCUUCCUGGCCACUAAACUAUCCUCCAGCCGUAAACUGCAGCUGGUAUAUCCAAGGAGAUCGUGGAGACAUAAUAACAAUUAGUUUUAGGAACUUCGAUUUAGAGGACUCUCAGAGAUGCUCUGUAGACUGGCUGAUGAUUGGUCCGUCUUCCAAGAGAGAGGAGUACAAAGUGUGUGGGUCCUCCAUGCCCCCCUCAUUCAUCUCUGCAAGAGAUCAUGUCUGGAUAUUUUUCCACUCAGAUGCAACAAGUUCAGGACAGGCUCAGGGAUUUCGCCUUUCUUACAUCAGAGGAAAAAUAGCCCAGGCUGUUUGCCAGUCAGAUGAGUUCCGUUGUGCAAAUGGCAAAUGCAUUCCUAAUACUUGGAAGUGUAAUUCAAUGGAUGAAUGUGGGGAUAGCUCGGAUGAGAGAAACUGCACCAUGCCCCCAACGGAGCCUCAGUCCAGCAUCUGUCCCUCGGGAACGUUCCAGUGUAGCAUAGCCCACUCCACCAAGUGCUUGAUAAAUGAGUUAAGAUGUAAUUCAGUUAAAGAUUGCAGUGAUGGUUCAGAUGAGGACAAUUGCCCUGAUCUUUCCUGUGGCAAAAGACUGGGUAAUUUUUAUGGGUCCUUUGCUUCCCCAGACUUAUUCCGUGCUGAUCAUAGCCGGGCAGACCUACGCUGUACUUGGUAUGUGGAUACACAAGAUAACCGGCAUGUGCUCUUGCAGCUUGAUUUACAGUUAGGAUACAAUGACUAUGUGAAGGUGUAUGAUGGAAUUGGAGAGAGGGGUGAUAAAUUAAUGCAAACAUUUUCAUAUCACAACAACAGGCACUCAGUGAGUGUGGAGUCCUCAAAGGGUCAGCUCACCAUUUCAUAUCACGCCAGAUCGAAGAGUACUGGCCAUGGAUUUAAUGCAACCUAUCAGGUAAAAGGUUACUGCCUUCCCUGGGAACAUCCAUGUGGAAGUGAUGAGGAGUGUUACACAGAUAAGCAGCAUUGUGAUGGUUGGUGGCACUGCCCAAAUGGCAAAGAUGAAGAGAAUUGUCCUGCUUGUCAGAAGAACGAAUACCCAUGUGAAGGAAAUAGUGGACUGUGUUAUUCAAUACUUGACCGAUGUAAUAACCAAAAGAACUGCCCAGAUGGCUCAGAUGAAAAAAACUGCUUUACAUGCCAGCCAGGAAACUUUCACUGCGGCACAAACCUGUGUAUCUUUGAGACAUGGCGUUGUGAUGGCCAAGAAGACUGCCAGGAUGGAAGUGAUGAACAUAAUUGUCUGGUGAUAGUGCCCAGGAAAGUCAUCACAGCUGCCCUGAUUGGGAGCCUGGUGUGUGGCUUGCUGUUGGUGAUUGCACUGGGUUGUGCAUUUAAACUCUACUCGCUGAGGACUAGGGAAUACAGAGCAUUUGAAACGCAAAUGACUCGGCUUGAAGCAGAAUUUGUGCGGCGGGAAGCUCCACCUUCCUAUGGGCAGCUGAUUGCACAAGGACUUAUCCCACCAGUUGAAGAUUUCCCAGUUUACAAUGCAUCGCAAGCAUCUGUGCUGCAGAACAUCCGAACUGCUAUGAGGAGACAGAUGAGGCGCCACUCUUCAAGACGGAAUUCAUCCCGAAGGCGCCUAGGCAGGCUCUGGAACAGACUUUUCCAUAGACCACGAGUGCGAGGACAGAUCCCACUCCUCACACCAGCACGUACUUCACAAACAAUCCUGGGUGAUGGCAUUAUCAAUCGCACAGAUGGGAAUAUUCAAAGCCUCCCACCUUCCCCUGAAGGACCUAACUCAGAGUCAGAGAGCCAGGCCAGGGGACAGCAAGAUAUUGGAAGCAGCAAUUUGCAGCCAGUGGCUGAAGCCUCAGAGCCAUCACCCUCCACUGUUUUAUCUAAUACUUGUGCAGCUGCUCAUGCAGAGCCAGAGACUGGACAAGCUGACAAAUCUUCAGGUACUGAGCCUUCCAGCAGUGAGCUAAAACAAACCAAUAAAGUGGAUUCAGGAAAAACUUUCAGAGAUCCUUUGUCUGAAAGUCUUACAGAAAUGCUCCAUGGAGGUGCCACAGCCAGAAGGACUGUUGCAGAGAACAGUAGUUUAAACAGGAGUCAUCCACUAAGUGAAGAGCCAUGUAGAUUGCCUUUAAAAAAAUGGGAGUCUGCUUACUUAGACAGCUCUAUGAAUGUUCGUAUUCAGGUGGAUGGACAACACCGAUGUUGUCCUCAUCCAUAUCGGGAGGAACCUCUGGGUAUUCAUGCUGCUUGUUGCCAUUCUGUGGAAGUGCCAACGCUAGAGUCCUCUACUUCACUCUCAGAAAUCAAUACCAGUGACGAUGAAUCUUUACUUGUUUGCUAAUAAGAUUUUGCUUUGGCUCUGUAGGUUUUGUAACUUUGAAAUUUACAAUACAGUUCACUGACUAUAAUUGACACAUCCACUCUCAACUUUGUCUGUUAAAACCAAUGUGCAUUAAUCCUGGACAGAUUGCAGUACUCAUAACAAGACUAAAUGAGACAAUUUUUGUCUUCAUUGAUAUGCCUGAAACUCCAGUGGAAUGGAGCUGGGCCACUGUGUGUGAUCAGGGGUUGAGAGUGAGUGCAAAUCUGCUGUUGCAGUUUGGAAGAAUCUCUAUCCUUUGUUUUUUUGUGUGUGCAUUUAUUCACUUUCACUUUGCAAUCAGGGAAUUUGAGUUUGUUUCGUUUUAAAAUAGCACACUAAUGUCAAUAUUUAGCUAGAGAGAAUUUGGCUGGAAACUUGGGUAGUAUAAAACGUGGAAUUAUAACUGUGAACACUCAGCUAGAAACAGCAAGUGGUUGUCCAUAUAGGUUGUAGGUUUUAAUUAGAAAUGUUUACAGAGCUCUAAAAUAGAUUACUUCAUAGAAAAUAAAAUUCCUAUAGGUUCUUUUUUCUGAAAGUCGCCACUUUUUUUGCUCCCUUCAGAAAUGUAAUGAUGACUGUGGGUAUCCAGAAGCAGCCAUUACAACCAAAGUUUCUGUAGGCAGCAUACAAAGUAAAAUCAGGUUUAUUUUCCACUCUAAUUUCGUAAUUGCAGAUUAGCCAUGUUCAUCUGAACCCCAUUUGCAGCAAUAUUUAUAUUUUAUAUUGUUAUGUAUUGUAUUCAUAAUGGUUUAUUCAGGUUGAAUUGUUCUUUGUUUUUUUCCACUCUGUUUUUCAGUUGAAUAUAAUUACCUCACUUUGGGGAAUAAUCUGGAGACGUACAGAGCUCUUGCAAAUCUCAUUGGCUUCAAAGGGAGAUGCUGAGUGCCAGUAUCCAAUAUGAACAGGCUCCUUAUUUGCAUCGAGCUAAAAUAUAAUACAACAUUAUUGGCCUUGGUACAGAUGUUUUAAAUCACUUAGUGGGUUUUUUUUUUGUUUUGUUUUUUUUAAAUCCAGGAUAGCUGGAAAGAUCAGUACCAUUUUAAAGACUGAAAUUAUGCAGGCUUUAAGUAUUUUAUGUAGACCAGUGCCUUUUGGUUUUUUAAUUUAACUUGGAGAGGGGGUGAGAGUGUUCAUGUGGGAAUCACCCAGUACAGAACAACAAAAGUCAUCUGGUGAAACCUUGGCCCUGUUGAAGUAAAUGGGAGCUUUGCCACUGACUUCUUCUGGGCAAGGCUGUCAUCCAUGUUUUAGUGUAACUUUAUACUUCAUUUUCCCUAUGCUGAAGUAGCAAUGGAGUAUUUUACAUAGAGUCAGCGUGGUUUACCAUUUAUAAGUCAGUGUUGCUACUCCUCCGUAGGUGGGCAGGUCCAGGGUGAAGCAGAUCUCAACUCUCCAUCAUGUGUCUAAUACUGUGGGAGACUUCCGAGUUAGGAACUUAAUAGGAGCCUUAACUCUAAAUCUGCCAGACAGAAUUAUUCAUUAAACAUGUAUUAAUGCUACAUUGGGGUUAAUCUUGUGUAAAAAAAGAAAAAAAAGAAAAAAAAAAAAGUAAAACUGGGCUGCACUAUCCAAAUAAUCUCUAGCUACUGCAGUUCCCUUGAAUGUAACAGGAAUUAGGCCUGUGCAAUGAAGUAUGGAUUGAAAUGUUUGCCCUCUUCAUGGGAUAUAUUCUAUCCUUGCUCUUUGUGCAGUGCUCCCAGUGGGAGCUCUAGCCAAGAAACAAGGUAGGCCUAGGCUCUCCAUGCUUUGUUUGGCUCAACAAAAUUGUACUAUGAACGAACUGUAGUGACUUGCUAUAUGUAUAUUUGUCCCCUCGGAUAUAGAUGACUUUUACACUGUUUGUUCCAGAACCAGAAAGAAAUGGAAGAUUCAAAACUCGAAUGACAUGAGUAGCAGGAAAGAGUUUUGGUCGAAAUGCUUUAACAGUUAAGAAUCAUAUUUAUAUGAAAUAAAAUACUGUUUACUCAGUCA